GCGUUGCGGUACCAUCAGUCUGAACAAUGAAGUGGUCGGUACCACUUCUGUUAUUGACCUUCACGGUCAUCUCGAUAUACUGCGACGAGGCUAAGCCAGAAGAUGUCCCAAGACCUGUCGGGGUAGUGUAUUUGAUCGACGUUAUUUCGAAGCCGAAUGAAGAACCCAGCACUGAAAACGGGGGCGUCAGCAACAACAUUGCUGACAGUGAAAAUAACAAACUGAAGCACAAUUUGUUGUUGGUGCAACCCAUUCCGAUUGAUGAGGCUGGUGAUGGGGUCUACUUUCGUCCGGAAGACGGAAAACCUCUCAAGGAGCCUCAGACAUUGAAGGUAUCUCCCCCAAAACAGACGCGUAGACGUAGAUCCUAUGGAGGCCACUCGAGUGGAGGUGGAACCGGUGGUUUCGGCGGCGGUGGCGGAGGAGGAUUCGGUGGUGGAAGUGGAGGUGGUUUCGGCGGAGGCUUCGGAGGUGGAAGUGGAGGUGGCGGCGGAGGCGGAGGAGGAGGUGGAUUUGGAAGCGGCGGCCUUGGAGGACUUCUUGGGGGACUUCUCGGAAAAGGAGGCGGCGGUGGAUUAGGAGUUGGAGCUGGAAUUGGAGCCGGAGGAGGCGCCGGCGGAGGCGCCGGUGGAGGCGCUGGUGGAGGCGCCGGUGGAGGCGCUGGUGGAGGCGCCGGUGGAGGCGCAGGUUUAGGCGCUGGUUUAGGCGUUGGUUUAGGCGCUGGUGGAGGCGCCGGUGGAGGCGCCGGUGGAGGCGCAGGUACCGGUGGAGGUGGAGGCACCGGUCAUGCAACUGGUAGCGUUCACGUAACUGGAGGUGGAUCAGGCGGAGGAUCAGGAGGUGGAUCAGGAGGUGGAUCAGGAGGUGGAUAUGGAGGUGGUGCAGGAAGUGGUCUCGGCGGCGGUGGUUCGUCAGACGGUGGAUCUGGAGGAAGUGGAGCCGGUCAUGCAACUGGCAGCGUAAACGUAAUAGGAGGUGGAUCAGGUGGGGGUGCAGGAGGUGGAUCAGGAAGUGGAUAUGGGGGUGGUGCAGGGGGUGGUCUCGGCGGCGGUAGUUCGUCAGGCGGUGGAUCUGGCGGUCUUGGAGGAAGUGGUGCCGGUCAUGCAACUGGCAGCGUAAACGUAAUAGGAGGUGGAUCAGGUGGGGGCGCAGGAGGAGGAUCAGGAGGUGGAUAUGGGGGUGGUUCGUUAGGCGGUGGAUCUAGUGGGGGAGGAAUUGGAGGAGGCAGUGGCGCCGGUCAUGCAACUGGCAGUGUUCACGUCAUAGAAGGUGGAACUGGUGGGGGUGCCGGAGGUGGAACAGGCGGCGGAACUGGAGGGGGUGCAGGAGGUGGUCACGGCAGCGGUGGCUCCUCAGGCGGUGGCGCUGGGUUAGGAGGUGGACUAGGAGGUGGACUCGGAGUUGGACUUGGAAGUGGAGUUGGAGGUGGUCUUGGAGGUUCUGAAGGUGCAGGACACGCAACUGGUAGUGUCCAAGUCAUAGGCGGGGGCGGAGGCGGCGGUAAAGGAGGCGGUUUCGGCGGUGGCGGAAGCUCCGGUGGAUUCGGAGGUGGCCCCGGAGGCGGAAGUGGAUUUGGAGGUGGCCCCGGAGGCGGAUUCGGAGGUGGUAAAGGAGGCGGCGGUGGUUUUGGCGGCGGCGCUGGCGGCGGAGCCGGUGGUGGUGCCGGCGGAGCCGGCGGAUUCGGUGGUGGUCCAGGAGGCGGUUUCGGCGGAGGACCAGGAGGUGGAUUUGGAGGUGGAAAAGGAGGUGGCGGUGGAUUCGGUGGCGGAGCUGGCGGAUCUGGCGGUUAUGGAGGUUCUGGAGGAGGCGGAUUAGGAGGUGGCGGAUCUGGAGGUUAUGGAGGUGGCGGCCUUGGCGGAGGAAGCGGUCUUGGUGGAGGCGGAGGCCUUGGUGGAGGUGGAGGCCUUGGUGGAGGCGGAGCCGGAGGUCAUGGAGGUUCAGGAGGAUUUGGAGGUGGCGGUUCCGGAGCUGGUGGCUUUGGAGGCGGCGGUGGCGGAGGCGGAGGCCUCGGCGGCGGACUCGGCGGCGGACUCGGAGGAGGUGGCAGUGGAGGAUAUGGAGGAAGUGGCGGCCACGGAGGAAGUGGUGGUGGAUGUUGCGGGGGAGGCGGAGGUGCCGGAGGCGGUGGUGGCUACUCCAAAGCUUCAGCACAUGCUUCAGCCUCAGCUGGAAGUUACGGCAAAUAGUUUCUAAGUAUAUGAUUGUAUGUAAAUUAAGAAAGAUAAACUGUGAAAUUUGUACUGAAAUUUAUAAUAAAUGUACCUUAAUUUUAAUAAAA